AGGUAGGGCUUUACCAUUCUCUAGUAGCUCCUCUUUGUAGAAGUUCUUGGAGAGCUAUGGCGAGCGGGCUUGUGAGGAACGGCGCCAAGCGUUUCAUGUCGACGGCGGCGGCGCCAGCGUCGUCUGUUCCUGCUGGAGCUCGCUCCGGAUGGUGGGAAGCUGUGCAGCCGGCGGCGCGGGAUCCGAUCCUCGGCGUCACUGAGGCUUUUCUCGCGGAUUCGGAUCCGAAGAAGGUCAAUGUCGGCGUGGGCGCUUACAGGAACGACGAAGGCAAGCCAGUCGUUCUGGAAUGCGUCCGCAAGGCCGAGCAAAUUAUAGCUGGGAAGCAAAAUAUGGAGUAUCUUCCAAUGGGGGGCCUUGUCAAGUUUAAUGAUCUCUCGGUGAAGCUCGCCUAUGGCGAUACUGCCCCAGUUCUCGAGGAGAAACGCGUUGCCGCCGUUCAAACGCUCUCCGGGACUGGUGCUUGCAGGCUCUUCGCGGAUUUCCAGAAGCGAUUCAAGCCUGAUUCACGUAUCUACAUCCCCGUUCCUACCUGGGCCAAUCAUCAUAACAUUUGGAGGGAUGCUCGAGUCGAGGCUCACACAUUCCGCUACUACAAGCCCAGCACGCGUGGAUUGGACUUUGAAGGGUUGAUGGAGGAUUUGAAAAAAGCACCCGAGGGAUCUUUCGUCUUGCUGCAUGCCUGUGCUCAUAAUCCAACUGGAGUUGAUCCUACUGCUGACCAGUGGAAAGAGAUGUCUCAGCUCUUUAAGAGCAAUGGACUCUUUCCAUUCUUUGAUAUGGCUUAUCAAGGAUUCGCAAGCGGUGACACGGUCAGAGAUGCGCAGGCAAUUCGCAUAUUUAUGGAAGAUGGCCACCAGUUGGCGUGCGCACAGUCGUUUGCCAAGAACAUGGGCUUGUAUGGCCAGAGAGUCGGAUGUUUGAGUGUCGUCUGUGACAACUCGCAGCAGGCUGUGAACGUCAAGAGUCAGCUGCAGCAAAUAGCUCGUCCCAUGUACAGCAAUCCCCCGCUUCACGGAGCUCAAAUCGUGACGACCGUCUUGAGCGAUCCGGAACUAAAGGAGCAAUGGUACAAGGAAGUCAAGGUGAUGGCGGACAGAAUCAUAGGAAUGCGUGAGGCUUUGAAAUCAAACCUGGAGAAGCUCGGCUCAUCGCUACCGUGGAAGCACAUCACAGAACAGAUUGGAAUGUUCUGCUACAGCGGUCUCACGGAAGAUCAAGUCGAUCGUCUGACAAAAGAGUUUCACAUCUACAUGACUCGCAACGGUCGCAUAAGCAUGGCCGGCGUUACCACUGGAAAUGUGGAGUACCUCGCGAACGCGAUCCACGAAGUCACCAAGUGAAAGUUCUUCGUAUUUUUGUAGCACGGACCAUUCUUUAAUUUUUCUUUAGUGGGGUGGGAAUAAAGAACACGAAUAUUCGGGAACGCGUGCCGGGAAGAUCCUGGCCGUCCGUUCUUGCCCA